AUGUACCUCCUCCUCACCUGCUCCUGUCACAGCUCCUCCUCCUCUCCUCCUCCUGUCACUGCACCUCCUCUUGUCACUGCACCUCCUCCUGACAUAGCACCUCCUCCUGACAUAGCACCUCCUCCUGACACAGCACCUCCUCCUGACACUGCACCUCCUCCUCACCUCCUUGUCACUGCACCUCCUCCUGACACUGCACCUCCUCCUGUUACUGCAACUCCUCCUGCACCUCCUCCUGACACUGCACCUCCUCCUGACACUGCCCCUCCUCCUGACACUGCACCUCCUCCUGUCACUGCACCUCCUCCUGUCACUGCAACUCCUCCUGCACCUCCUCCUGACAUAGCACCUCCUCCUGACACUGCAACUCCUCCUGCACCUCCUUCUGUCACUGCACCUCCUCCUGACACUCCACCUCCUCCUGACAUAGCACCUGCUCCUGUCACAGCUCCUCCUCUUGUCCCUGCACCUCCUCCUGACACUCCACCUCCUCCUGACAUAGCACCUCCUCCUGACACUGCACCUCCUCCUGUCACUGCACCUCCUCCUGACAUAGCACCUCCUCUUGUCACUGCACCUCCUCCUGACAUUGCAACUCCUCCUGCACCUCCUUCUGUCACUGCACCUCCUCCUGACAUAGCACCUGCUCCUGUCACAGCUCCUCCUCUUGUCACUGCACCUCCUCCUGACACUCCACCUCCUCCUGACAUAGCACCUCCUCCUGACACUGCACCUCCUCCUGUCACUGCAACUCCUCCUGCACCUCCUCCUGACAUAGCACCUCCUCUUGUCACUGCACCUCCUCCUGACAGUGCACCUCCUCCUGUCACUGCAACUCCUCCUGCACCUCCUCCUGUCCUUGCACCUCCUCCUGUCCCUGCAACUCCUCCUGCACCUCCUCCUGACACUGCACCUCCUCCUGUCACUGCAACUCCUCCUGCACCUCCUCCUGUUCCUGCACCUCCUCCUGACACUGCACCUCCUCCUGACACUGCACCUCCUCCUGACACUGCACCUCCUCCUGACAUAGCACCUCCUCUUGUCACUGCACCUCCUCCUGACACUGCAACUCCUCCUGCACCUCCUUCUGUCACUGCACCUCCUCCUGACAUAGCACCUGCUCCUGUCACAGCUCCUCCUCUUGUCACUGCACCUCCUCCUGACACUCCACCUCCUCCUGACAUAGCACCUCCUCCUGACACUGCACCUCCUCCUGACACUGCACCUCCUCCUGACACUGCACCUCCUCCUGACACUGCACCUCCUCCUGACACUGCACCUCCUCCUGUCACUGCAACUCCUCCUGCACCUCCUCCUGACAUAGCACCUGCUCUUGUCACUGCACCUUCUCCUGCACCUCCUCCUGACACUGCACCUCCUCCGACACUGCACCUCCUCCGACACUGCACCUCCUCCGUCACUGCACCUCCUCCUGUCACUGCAACUCCUCCUGCACCUCUUCCUGACAUAGCACCUCCUCUUAUCACUGCAUCUCCUCCUGACAGUGCACCUCCUCCUGUCACUGCAACUCCUCCUGCACCUCCUCCUGUCCCUGCACCUCCUCCUGUCCCUGCAACUCCUCCUGCACCUCCUCCUGACACUGCACCUCCUCCUGUCACUGCAACUCCUCCUGCACCUCCUCCUGUCCCUGCACCUCCUCCUGACACUGCACCUCCUCCUGACAUAGCACCUCCUCUUGUCACUGCAACUCCUCCUGACACUGCACCUCCUCCUGACACUCCACCUCCUCCUGACACUGCACCUCCUCCUGACAUAGCACCUCCUCCUGACAUAGCACCUCCUCUUGUCACUGCAACUCCUCCUGACACUGCACCUCCUCCUGUCACUGCAACUCCUCCUGCACCUCUUCCUGUCACUGCACCGCCCUAA